AGCUCCAGGUCUUUGCACUGCAGCCCUGGGUCCCUGCUCUGAGGCUGCCUCAUCUGCCCUCAUGAGACCUUUAGAAAAAGUAGAGUGCAGAGGUUUUUUUCCAUUAUCAAAGUAACAUCAUAGAAAAAUCAGAACAAUUGUAAAAGGAGAAAGAAGGAAGAAAAUCACUUCUACUUCUACCCCCCAGGGUUGACAACCCUUGCUCUUUUGUUAUAACUCCAUGCAGUCAUUUUCUAGCAUUGAGUCUGCUCCCAGACAAGAGGUGACUUUUUUUUUAAGUGUUUUUUAAAAAUAAUUAAUUAAUUAAUCUAUUUUUGGCUGUGUUGGGUCUUUGUUGCUGCGCGCGGGCUUUCUCUAGUUGCGGCGAGUGGGGGCUACUCUGUUGUGGUGCACGGGCUUCUCAUUGCGGUGGCUUCUCUUGUUGUGGAGCAUGGGCUCUAGGUGCACGGGUUUCAGUAGUUGUGGCACGCAGGCUUCAGUAGUUGUGGCUCAUGGGCUCUAGAGCUCAGGCUCAGUAGUUGUGGCGCACGGGCUUAGUUGCUCUGCGGCAUGUGGGAUCUUCCAGGACCAGGGAUCGAACCUGUGUCCCCUGCAUUGGCAGGCGGAUUCUAAACCACUGCACCACCAGGGGAGUCCCAAGAGGUGACAUUUUGUUCUUUGGUAUUUCAUUGGCAUUAUGACAGGUAUUUCCCUCACGUGCUUAUAUAUUUUGUGUACCUACCCCUAACAGCUGCAUCUUAAUUAAUCCUGGGCACAUUCUAUAAUUUAUGGACCGUUUCUCUGUUGUUGACGGUGAAGUGGGUUGGCCAGGAGACCCCUACAAAGGCAGAAGACACACAGAUCAUUCCGGGAGGCGGAGCCAGGAAGACCCUAAGCGAGGCCGCGAGGAUGGAGCUGCCGGUUUCACACACUUGGCCUCAUUCCUUUUACGCCCAGAACUAGAAGUCCAUUUUUUCUGUGGCUAACCGUGUUGGGCGUUGAGCGGAAGCAGCGAGAUGUCCGGCCUCAGGAAGGGCGCGUGGGUCCCAAGGCGGGGGCGCGGGCGCGCGGCGCCACCGUUCGUGGUCAGACCGGGCUCCGAGAUGGCCUCCCAGCCCCCGGGCGUCCCCAGCUCCGCAAAAGCCCUGGACCAGGAUGGGAAGACAGCGCUCCAGAGAAGUAACGUGCAGCUGUCCUCGCUCCACAUCCGCGACGGCGCGCAUCGGCCCUGCAAGCUGCCCUGGGUAGCCCUGGUCAGGGCCUGCGGCCGCUUCAAGCUCUCACUCUUAGAGGCGCGGCGGGGCCGGCUGCUGCCCUCGCUUAACCCCCUGGCCGUGGGCAAUGACUUGCCACCUCCGGAGAAGCACUGGAUGCCUGAGAAGGCAGCGUUCUGGGGCGACCAGGAACCCCUCUCCAAGAUCCCAUUUAAAAUUAUGAGGGGACACCAGCACAUUGUGAGUUCCUGUCACUUCUGUGUGGAUGACACAAAGGUCCUCAGUGGCUCCUAUGACUGCACCGUGAAGCUGUGGGAUGCCGUGGAUGGAUCUAUUGUUCGGAAUUUUGAGCCGGGGCCCGGAGCUCCUGUUUUAGAAUGCAGCGUCACGGCUGACAGCAGAAGAAUUAUUGCAGCAUCUUAUGACAAAACAGUGAGGGUUUGGGACCUUGAAACAGGCAAGCUGCUGUGGAAGCUCAGUCAUGAAACCUUCAUAGUCUCCUGUAAGUUUUCCCCCGAUGGUAAAUACGUGGUCUCAGGCUUGGAUGUGGACCGUGGAAUCUGUAUAACAGAUGCGGAAGACACCACCACCGUGUCCCACAUCAAAGAUCAUCAUGGGAUGUCGGUCACGGCAUGCUGCUUUGACCCAGACAGCCAGAAGGUGGCUUCCGUCUCACUGGACAGGAGCAUCAAGAUCUGGGAUGUGACAUCCCAGGCCACGCUGCUCACCAUCCCCAAAGCACACACCAACGCAAUCUCAAACUGCUGUUUUACCUUCAGUGGCCAUUUUCUGUGUACAAGCUCUUGGGAUAAAACCUUAAAAAUAUGGAACGUUCAUACAGGGGAGUUUCGAAACCGUGGAGCCUGUGUGACUCUGAUGCAGGGUCAUGAAGGUUCCGUGAGCUCCUGCCACUUUGCCAGAGACACCUCUUUUCUUGUGUCUGGAGGGUUCGACAAGACUGUGGCUAUUUGGGAUGUAGGAGAAGGCUACCGGAAGCUCUCCUUGAAGGGCCAUAAUGACUGGGUGAUGGAUGUUGCCAUUAGCAAAAACAAGAAAUGGAUCCUGUCUGCUUCAAAGGAUAAGACCAUGAGACUAUGGAAUAUUGAAGAAAUUGACCAAAUUCCUUUGGUAAUCGAGUACAAAAAGGCCCGGGGCUUAAAGCUGAAACAGUGUGAAGAAUGUGACAGGCCUUUCUCCAUCUACGAAAGUGACAUCUUUUCUGAAACAGUCACCAAAUGUGUGUUCUGCCGGAUCGAAGCAAAAAACUUGUCAAUAGAGGCCUCACCAUCAUCAGAAGGGGAGGUCUCACUGUCAAGGGAGUACAGCCGGGGUGAGGAUGGCUGA